AUGUCUACCAAAACCCCCUCAGCGCGGUCCAGAGCUACGCACCAAGACUCGUUCCCUGCGAGGGAGCGAGUAUUCAUCACCAAGUUGACGGAGGAUCUACACCUGAGUGUGACGUGGGACGAGUUUGAUGAGGAGGACAGGAAUCUGGUGACGUGUCGGUUUCCGAGAGCGCUGGAAUAUGAGCCUGAGACGGGCGAGCAGAAGGAGGAUAGAGAGUGGGAAGACGAGGAUGAGGUUGAAGACGAGGAGAGCAGAGCAGUGGUUGAUCGUGUGCUUAAGAAGUAUGAAAAGGUGUCUGCUGAGGAUGUGGAUGCCGAUGGGACGUUUGAGGAGUGGUAUGAACGGAAGGUAGGGAUAUCUUACAACAACCUGACUGAAAUGGGUGAUCUGAUCUACCGACCUGCAAACUGGACUGCGAAAGCGGCAGAGUACUGCGGAAGUCCGGAGGUUUAUGAGUCUGCUUUGAGGAACGUGAGAGGAGAGAUGGUUCAAGAAGUCAACAAGACCGGGGAACAACUUGAAAGUGCGGACAAGGCGCUCAAGGACAUGGCCCAGCUCAACAAGGCACUCAAACCUUCUCCGAUCAACCGCCUGGGCAAGUGGCAGGAGUUCUGGAGGCACAUCGCGUUACGGUGUAAACUUGCGUUUGCAUUCAAUCUUUCGCAGAGGGGGUGUUAUGGGAAGGUGUUGUCUAAACAUGGCCGCCUCCUUUUCUAUGGGGGAAUUUGGGGUACUGACGGCGCUGAUGAGUUUGGCGUGUUCAUGGAUGCUGUGAAUCGUGGUAUUAGUCUGAAGGUGAUGAUUGAUGCUGCAAACUCUUCCGACAAGAAACAGUACAUCCUCAUCACACCUCAAGACAUGUCCAAUAUCCACCUUGCACCUACUUACGAUCGUUGA